AAAGAUGCAACCCCUGGCGGUCGCAAACCCCAAACAAACCGACGCUUCACGCUAAACCCAAACCACUGACAGACAACGAGAAUUUCCCUUGUUUAUCAUGAGUGGCGGCGUCUACGGUGGAGAUGAGGUAGGGGCCCUGGUGUUCGACCCAGGCUUCUCUUCCCUGCGUGUCGGCUAUGCUGGUGAGGAUUCACCCAAAUUUGACAUUCCUUCCUGUGUUGGGGUGACAGAGAACCAGGAGACCAAUGAGAAGAAAUAUUUUAUCGACACAGUUGCUCUCCAUGUGCCCAGAAAAGGUAAAGUUGUGUGGAUGGUGCUGGACAUUGGGCGUGACGUGUCUCAGUUUAUCAUCUUUGACCACACACAUCCUUGCCGGAACCCUCGCAGUAACUUCGAUCCCACGCGUCCCAUAUCGGCCACAGUGUUCUGGCACAUCUACCAGGAAGUAUCUGGAAAGGCUGCCAUUGCCAAUGUUGCAGCAAUGAACCAUAUGAAGAAAAACAAUAUUGAAACAAGUCUAUACAUUUUACACAAAAACGGUGCUCCGAUCAUUACCACCAGCUGCACUUUGUACAUGACUCAUCAAGUUGUAUUUGGUCGUGUGGAUAGAGGUCUACGCCAGGACUCCACCAGGAAUGCUGUUCACCAUCAUGGCCACUUAUCCUCCAAACCUGCAGUGAAAGAAAACCAAAGCAAUUUCUCCACAUCCAAAGAUCCCAAUCGGUCUCACCCAUGUGAUAGGUGGAAUGCACGUGGCAAGAGAGAACGUCUGUGCGAAUUGCUCUUUGAAAAAUAUCAGGUCCCAGCUUUCUUCCUGGUUAAAUCUGCAGUGUUGGCAGCAUUUGCCAAUGGAAGAUCUACCGGGCUUGUGCUUGACUCUGGGGCCACACAUACAUCUGCAGUGCCAGUUCACGAUGGAUAUGUUCUGCAGCAUGCCAUUGUGAAGUCGCCUUUAGGGGGAGAUUUUCUCCUCAAUCAGGCAAACAGUUACCUGGUGGAGUCUGGCGUAGACCUCAUCCCACCAUACAUGAUUACAGACAAGCAGGUGGUAAAGGAAGGUGACCGACCCAAGUGGACAAAGAAAAACAAUUUGUCUGAGGUUACCACGUCCUGGCACAACUACAUGAAGAGAGAGGUAGUCAGAGAUUUUCAGCAGACGAUGCUCCACUGCUCAGAGUCACCCUAUGAGGAAGAAGCCAUCAACAGCAUCCCCACAGAGCCCUACGAGUUUCCUACCGGUUAUAAUAUGGAAUAUGGCACAGAGCGUUACCGGAUCACAGAGAGCCUGUUUGACCCCAGCUACAUCAAGGGUGUGGGCUCAACUAUGCUGGGAAUGUCACAUGUCGUGUCCACCAGCAUAGGUCUAUGUGACAUUGACCUCCGGCCCAGCCUUUACUCUGGGGUCAUCGUAACAGGCGGGAACUCUCUUCUUAAUGGCUUUGUGGAGCGCCUAAACCGUGACUUGUCGAGUCGAACACCACCAAACAUGAGGUUUAAGCUGAUCUCGGCAACAGGCUCAACAGAGAGGAGGUUUGGCUCAUGGAUUGGAGGUUCCAUCCUGGCCUCCCUAGGCUCCUUCCAGCAGAUGUGGGUGAGCAAGCAGGAAUAUGAGGAGUCUGGCAAAUCACAGGUGGACCGAAAAUGUCCGUAAAAAAGUGCAGCAAAAACAAAGACAACUAUUUUUUUUUAUUAGACUGACUCUUUCUAUUAAGUGGAAGUGAAUGAAUGUGUAUGUGACUUUUACAGAAACUACUUUAAAACGCCUGGAUUUUUUUUUUUUUUUUUUUUUUUU